UCGUUAGCCGUUAGCUUAGCGGGCCCUUUUUCCAUUGUUUACGUGCGCGCACCCUGUUCACGUGACCACAUGUUGUGCUUCUGAUUGGCUCAGACGUUUUACGUGCGCGCUCGCCGGUGUGUCACCUUGCUGCUCAGGGUUUAAGUGUCUCAGACGCCUCAGAAACAUAAAGCAGUGCAGCAGCAUGGCGUCGGGGACAGUGAACCCGAAAAGCUCCCCAAAGUCCAUCAAGUUCCUGUUCGGCGGCUUGGCGGGGAUGGCAGCUACAGUGUUUGUUCAGCCUUUGGACCUGGUGAAGAACAGGAUGCAAUUGAGCGGUCAGGGUUCGAAGGCUCGGGAAUAUAAGACGAGUCUGCACGCUGUGGCCAGCAUCCUGCGUACUGAAGGAGUCCGAGGCAUCUACACAGGUCUCUCGGCCGGUCUCCUCAGGCAGGCGACCUACACCACCACUCGUCUGGGGAUUUACACGAUUCUGUUUGAGAAACUGACGAAAGCAGAUGGAACUCCUCCCAAUUUCUUUAUGAAGGCGCUUAUCGGGAUGACGGCCGGAGCCACAGGAGCGUUUGUCGGCACUCCGGCCGAAGUGGCGCUCAUCCGCAUGACCGCAGACGGACGACUUCCCCCUGAUCAGAGGAGAGGUUACACAAACGUCUUUAAUGCUCUGAUCCGAAUCACCAGGGAGGAGGGAGUCACAACACUGUGGCGGGGCUGUGUACCCACCAUGGCGAGGGCAGUAGUAGUGAAUGCAGCACAGCUGGCUUCUUAUUCCCAGUCUAAACAAGCUCUAUUGGACACAGCUUAUUUCUCUGAUGGCAUCCUGUGCCAUUUCUGUGCCAGUAUGAUCAGUGGGCUCGUGACCACAGCCGCCUCCAUGCCAGUCGACAUAGCUAAAACCAGGAUUCAGAACAUGAGGAUGAUCGACGGCAAGCCGGAGUACAAGAACGGACUCGACGUAUUGAUUAAGGUGGUGAGGAAGGAAGGCUUUUUCAGCCUGUGGAAGGGUUUCACACCGUACUACGCCCGUCUCGGCCCUCACACUGUCCUCACCUUCAUCUUCCUCGAGCAGAUGAACAAGUUCUACCGGAUCUACUUCCUGGACUCAUAGAGUCCUAAUGGGAACUCGCACAGCUCGGGACGGCUGAGGUUCUUAGCCGCUUGGGGGUCUCUCUCUGUGUGUGUGUGUGUGUGUCUUGUGUUUUCUAACACACUCUCCUUGACUUGCUCUGACUCAGAGUUGUGUAAUGAUGAUGUUGAAGGUCAGGUGAGUGAGUAAGCUCUUCCAGCACUCCUGACUAGCUCUGAUGCUAGGUUUAGGUAGCAUAGGGAGAGUAACGUGGGAGUGCUGAUGACGGGGAAGUCAUUCAGGGUGUGUUAGAACUCUGCACGUUUUCUGUUCCUCCUCACGGUCUCAUCGUCCGGUGUGUGUCCUCCAAGUUCGUUUUCCUCUCCCUCUCGACCCGACACUCGGCUCAGAACCCCACGCCGCUUAUCGGACUUUCAGAACAGCAAACACAAGGAAAUGGAAGUAGAAGCCACACAGUGACCCCGUUCUCAGUUUAUUAAAUUUUAAUUAAAAAGAUUAAAUCUGAAUUUUCUUCUUUGAAUCCAGUCUUAAUGAUGACGAUGAUGUGUGUGUCUGGGUGUAAAAGCUAAUGACAGAAUGAAAAGCUAUAGAAAUCUCUCUCUCUCUCUCUCUCUCUCUCUCUCCCAAUGUCUCUCAUUUAUAGUGAAAAUCCUUAUUAAAGAAGGUUCUCUGA